AAUUGGCUGCACUGUUACAACAGGCAGUACCAACAAGAUAGUGAAUGGUGGUUUAAAGUGAUAUCCAAAGAUGUUUGGCGUUUUGGUUGGGGACUUUUUGUUUCUUGUGCCAUGAUAAUAAUUUUGUUGAUUGAUGUUAAAGAAAUGAUGUAAAAUACUAUUUAGAGAAUAGUGUUUGAAUUGUUGUAGUUGCAUCAGUUCAAACUUCAGUAUAUCAACUCAGAAAAACGCCAACCGACCAUGACGUCUGCCCUGUAUUUAGAGCAUUAUUUAGAUAGUCUAGAGCAUCUGCCCAUUGAGCUUCAGCGAAACUUCACUUUAAUGAGGGAUUUAGAUGCCAGGGCCCAAGCCCUAAUGCGAAAUAUUGACCGUCUAGCAGACGAAUACCUUCGAAACGUAAAGACUCUGCCACCUGAUAAGAAGAAAGAACAAAUGAGUAAUAUACAGAGCCUAUUUAAUAAGGCAAAGGAAUAUGGAGAUGACAAAGUACAACUAGCCAUUCAAACUUAUGAAUUGGUCGACAAACACAUUAGACGACUUGAUUCAGAUCUUGCUAGAUUUGAAACUGAAAUACAGGACAAGGCAUUAAGCAACUCUAGAAAUCAAGAAGACUCUGUAUCAACAAAGAAAGGACGUAAAAAGCUAAAAGAAAAGGAGAAAAAGAAACGUGUUGGUGGUGGUUCUUCUGAAGAGGAGGCUGUCAAAGCAGCUAGGAAGAAACAGAAGAAAGGUGGCAUCAACUCAAGCAGUGGAACUGUAUCAGGCUCAGGAACUAGUUCAACUUCCGGAGGAUUAGCUGGACUUACAGGUGUAGAUACUGGCUUGGCAUCAGUGUUGCCUGGAUUGGCUGGAAUAGCUCAUCCCUCAGAUGUACUUGACAUGCCAGUGGACCCCAACGAACCUACAUAUUGUCUCUGCCACCAGGUGUCAUAUGGGGAAAUGAUUGGCUGUGAUAACCCUGAUUGCCCAAUUGAAUGGUUCCACUUUGCUUGUGUUGGGCUGACCACUAAACCUAAAGGGAAGUGGUUUUGCCCAAAAUCUUUAUUGCUGUAA